AGAUGGCGGACGAAGAAAACACACUAACUCUCCCAGUGGCCUCUGAGACGAAGAAACGCCAGGCUCCAAAAGCUCCGGAACUUCCCAUUCUGGAGAGGAGGAACUGGCUCAUCCACCUGCACUACAUCCGCAAAGACUAUGAGACCUGCAAGGCAAUGAUCAAAGAGCAGCUACAGGAGACCCAGGGAAUGUGUGAAUAUGCCAUAUACGUACAAGCGCUAAUCUUGCGCCUGGAGGGGCUGAUCCAGCCAUCCCUGGAGCUGUUCCAGAGUUGUGCCAUCCUCAAUCCCACCAGCCCCGACAACCUCAAACAAGUGGCCCGAUCGCUUUUUCUGCUGGGGAAACACAAGGCAGCCAUUGAGGUUUAUCAUGAAGCUGGGAAGCUCAAUGAGAAAGACUGGGAGAUCAACCAUAAUCUGGGUGUAUGCUAUUCCUUCAUAAAAGACUUCCAAAAUUCUGAAGAGCAGUUGAAUGCAGCCCUGAAGUUGAAAAAACACGACAGGACAUUCAUGACACUGGGAAAGGUCCACUUGUUGGCGGGAGACACGAACAAAGCCAUCGAAGUGUACAAGAGUGCAGUGGAGUUCUCUCCAGAGAAUGCAGAGUUGCUGACCACUCUGGGGCUCCUGUAUCUGCAGUUGGGAAGAUACCAAAAAGCAUUUGAACAUCUCGGGAAUGCACUUACUUAUGACCCUAAUAACUAUAAGGCCAUCCUGGCAGCAGGCAGUAUGAUGCAGACCCAUGGGGACUUUGAUGUGGCCAUGAACAAGUACCGCGUGGCAGCGUGCAUGGUCCCCGAGAGCCCGCCGCUCUGGAACAACAUCGGCAUGUGCUUCUUUGGCAAGAAGAAAUAUGUAGCAGCCAUCAGCUGUCUGAAGCGGGCCCACUACCUGUCUCCGUUUGACUGGAAGGUGCUGUACAACCUGGGCCUGGUGCACCUCACCAUGCAGCAAUAUGCCUCUGCCUUCCACUUUCUCAGCGCUGCCACCAACCUGCAGCCCCGCCUGGGAGAACUCUACAUGCUACUAGCAGUUGCACUGACCAAUCUGGAGGAUGUGGACAAUGCCAGGAGAUCCUAUGAACAAGCUGUGGCUUUAGACCAGUCCAACCCUCUGGUCAACCUGAACUUUGCCAUUUUGCUGUACAACCACGGGGACAAGAAGGGAGCCCUGCAACAGUACCAGGAGAUGGAAAGGAAGGUCAACAUACUGAAUGACAGCAACACUGAGUUUGACCCUGAGCUAAUGGACAUGGCUCAGAAGAUGGCCGCUGCCUUGCAGGUGGGAGAGAGCCUGGAGUGGACCAAGCCGGUCAAAGACCCCAAGUCUAAGCAGCGCCGGCUGGGGCCCCCAGUAAAACCCCUGGCAGCUCCCAGCAGCCCCUAGGCACCAACCAGGCCCUGGAGCAGGCCAUGUCCUCCGCCGCAGGCUACAACAAGAGCAUCACACUCCCUACAGGAGUGUCCCACCACAGCCAGCCCACGCCCCCUCC